UCCUCUGUCCACUGCAAACCUGUCUGCCUCCUUCUCCUGCCAGGCUUCUCAGGAACACUGGCCCUGCUACCAGAACCUCAGGAGCCCCCAUGAGUGCCUGCAAAGGGAGUCCUGGAUAGUGAGUUCCUGGCUUGUCCAGGGUGGACACUCCACCAUGCCACCUAUCAUCCAGCACCUACAGCAGGCCACCAAGAUGAUGAGCCGCAGGAAAAUCCUGCUACUGGUGCUAGGUUGCAGCGCCGUAAGCCUCCUCAUCCACCAGGGGGCACAGCUCAGCUGGUACCCCAAGCUGUUCCCGCUGAGCUGCCCGCCCCUGCGGGACUCGCCGCUGCGCCCCAAGCACACGACUGUGGCCUUCCUGAAGACACACAAAACGGCGGGCACGACGGUGCAGAACAUCCUGUUCCGCUUUGCCGAGCGCCACAAUCUGACUGUGGCCCUUCCCCACCCCAGCUGCGAGCACCAGUUCUGUUACCCGCGUAACUUCUCCGCGCACUUCGUGCACCCCGCCACGCGGCCGCCGCAUGUGUUGGCCAGCCACCUGCGCUUCGACCGCGCUGAGCUUGCACGUCUCAUGCCGCCCGGCACAGUGUACGUUACAAUCCUGCGUGAGCCGGCCGCCAUGUUCGAGUCGCUCUUUAGCUACUACAACCAGUACUGCCCAGCCUUCCGGCGCGUACCCAACGCGUCGCUCACCGCCUUCCUGAGCGCGCCCCAGGCCUACUACCGCGCGGGUGAGCACUUCGCCAUGUUCGCACACAACACGCUGGCUUACGACCUGGGCGGUGACAAUGAGCGUAGCCCACGCGACGACGCCGCCUACCUGGCGCGCCUCAUCCGCCAAGUAGAGGAGGUCUUCUCUCUCGUCAUGAUCGCAGAGUACUUCGACGAGUCCCUGGUGCUGCUGCGGCGCCUUCUGGCCUGGGAUCUCGACGACGUGCUCUACGCCAAGCUCAAUGCGCGCGCUGCCAGCUCUCGCCUCGCCACCAUUCCCUCGGCGCUGACGCGGGCGGUGCGCGCCUGGAACGCUCUGGACGCUGGGCUGUACGAUCACUUCAACGCCACCUUCUGGCGUCGCGUGGCACGCGCUGGCCGCGCCUGCGUGGAGCGCGAGGCCCGCGAGCUGCGCGAGGCCCGGCAGCGUCUGCUGCGCCGCUGCUUCGGUGAUGAGCCCGCGCUACGGCCGGCUGCGCAGAUCCGCACCAAGCAGCUGCAGCCCUGGCAGCCCAGCCGCAAAGUCGACAUCAUGGGCUACGACCUGCCCAGCGGCGGCGCUGGCCCAGCCACCGAGGCCUGCCUCAAGCUGGCCAUGCCCGAGGUGCAGUACUCCAACUACCUGUUGCGCAAGCAGAAGCGCCGCGGCGGAGCACGGUCCCGCCCCGAGCCGGUCCUGGACAACCCCCCGCCUCGGCCCAUCCGAGCUCUGCCCCGCGGCUUCCAGGGCCCCUGAGCUCCGGGCCCCCAGCCCCUGGGAGUCCGGCCCGGUUCUGCCUCCAUGCCAGUCCAGUCCAGGGUCUGGCCUUUCCAGAGGCGUGAGCUGCACGCAGAACUUUGGAUGCGUCUCCCUAUCCUGGGCUGAAUCUGGUCUUUGGGGAUGGCGCUGAUAGGCUGGAUCGAGCUCUGGGCCACCCUCCCCUCCUUCCCAAGUGGUUGGUGACUUCGACAAAAGGCCUGAGGCUGUCCACAACUGCCCACCUUGCCUUUUUUCUGGGGGCUGAGCCCUGAAAA